AAAACCUUUCCGUCCAAAACCCCUUUCUGGAGUUUAUGGUCCGAUAGAGAGCUCCUUUGACAGCCGCCACCGGAGCUCUGAGCACUUGUCCUCUCCCCGACAAAACCCCGUCAAAAGCUACGGUAAGCUGCUUCUUCAAAACCUCGAUUGAUUGAUUAUAGCUAUAUUUACCUUUUUAAAACUCAAUCUUUCAUGUUCUCAGUUCAUUUCUCGUUUCCUACCCUGCACAUUUCAACAAAAUCUCCAUGACCCAUUUACAGAAACUCAGAGUUUCACCUCUUCUCAAAUGGUUUUCUUCUUUCUUUGAUUACCAUUUCGGGUAUACAACUCCGACCCUUUGGCUUCCUGGGUCAGCCCAGGUCGCUCAGAGUACUAGGUUUUAUAGAACCAAAAAGAACGCUCCAAUUCUUGAGAAAACCCCCCAAUUUCCUCUCGCCGUCAGGCAAGAGGCCCAGGCUGCUCUUACAGAGUACCUGCAUUCCACCAGAAGCUUGCCGUUUUCCGAUGCUGAGCAUAUAAGUAGGAACUCACCGCAUUUUCUUGAAAGGUUGUUGAAGAGGGUAAAUCCUGACAAGGAAGUUUCGCGAUCUGUAGUGCGGUUCUUGAGGUACCAUCCUGUUAAUGAAUUCGAGCCCUUCUUUGAGAGUGUGGGGUUGAGCCCUUCUGAGUACUUGCCGUUUCUGCCUCCAAAGAUGAUGUUCUUGAAUGAUGAUAAGUUGUUGAUGGAGAAUUAUCAUGUUUUGUGUAACUAUGGUGUUGCGAGGAAUGAGAUAGGAAAUAUUUACAAGGAAGCUCCUGAGGUUUUUAGAUAUAGCCCUGGGUUGUUGAGACUAAAGCUUCAAUCUUUCGACGAGGUUGGCCUACAUCGGAUUACUGUGGCUAAGAUUAUUUGUUUGAGUCCUCACCUUCUGACAGGCGAUGAGAAUAAAGAUUUCUUUACUGUUCUGAAGAAGUUAAAGAGUUCUGGAGUCGAGACUGGAACCGAGUGUGAAUGGAUUCAGGGGCAAAUAUCGAAGGGUAACGCUCAUAACUGGAGGCAUGUAUGUGAAGCGAUGUGUAUGUUGUGUAAGUUGGGUUCCCGUGAAGAGAAAUUGAGAAAGAUCAUAUGCCAGAAUCCAGAGCUUUUGUUUGAGACCUCGGGGCAUACUACUUUUUCACUAAUUGGGUUCUUGUUGAAAUUCGGAUAUGCACAGCAUGAUAUGCAGAACGUGUUUCUGCAGCUUCCAAAAAAUAAAGUUGGGAACUUUAUUAGGAAUCUACGCAGCUGUUAUAUUUUCUUGGUUGAACUUGAUAUGCAUAGCCAAGAUAUAGGGAAUAUUGUUCGUUCACACCCUGUGCUACUGGGCUCGUGCUCUUUGAAGAAAGCAGUUACCUUGCUUACUAACCUAAGAUCUGGGAAGAAGAGGAUUUGUAAAAUGAUCUUGACGGAUCCUCAUGUUUUGAAGAAAUGGGUUGUUGGUAUAAGACUCGAACCACUUCCGUCAACAGAGGAGGAUUUUAACUCAAAAUUGAUGAAAACAAAGUUCUUGUUGAGUCUGGGGUUUGUUGAGAACUCGAGUGAAUGGGAAGAAGCUCUCAAGGCAUUUCGAGGCAAAGGAUUGGAGCUUCAAGAGAGAUACGACUGUUUAGUGAAUUCCGGUUUGAAACCAAAGGAGGUGGCUAAGAUGGUCAAAGCAGCUCCACAUAUUCUCAACCAAAGUAAAGAGCACAUUGAAGCAAAGAUUGAUUUUCUCACAAACACCUUGGGCUAUCCAGUGUCUAGUUUAGUUGCGUUUCCGUAUUAUAUCUCAUACACAUUCGAGAGAAGCACACUUCGGCUUUCAAUGUACAAUUGGCUGAAAGAACAAGGGAGAGUUGGUCGAAAUUUGGCCUUGAGCACCAUUAUAGCUUGCUCAGACAAAAUAUUCAUAAAGACAUAUGUGAAUCCUCAUCCCGGUGGCCCUGACAUUUGGGAAAAGCUGAAGAAACAAGUGUAUCCAGAUUGAUCAAACUGUUAUUACUUCAUAUAGUUAUGCUGUGUCUGACACUCCUCAUUUGCUUGGUGGAAGGAGAUAGAAAUGUCUGAUAGCUUACCUUUCUACUUCUGCUGUGUUCU